AUGGCCAAUUACGCUAAGGGCCAGCCAGCAGGCUUCACCAACUCCAUAGAGAGAGUGGCAAUCGUCGGCGCCGGCGGUACAGUCGGUUCUCACAUCGCGAAUGCCCUUCUCCAAACUGGCAAACAUAUCAUCACCGCUCUGACCCGCCAGGGAAGCACCAACAAUCUUCCCGACGGAAUUAUCGUCGCGCCGAUCGACUAUAACGACGAAUCAACUCUCAUCGCUGCCCUCAAGAACCAGCAGUUUCUCAUCAUAACCAUGGCUCCCAACGCCCCCAAGGAUACACAUAGCAAACUCGUCCAAGCAGCCGCCAAAGCUGGCGUAUCUUACAUCAUGCCGAAUGGCUACGCAGGCGACAUCGAACAGGUCAAGCUCGGGGAAGAUACUCUCCUUGGACCGAUAGCCAAAGCGAACAGUGACGAGAUUGAGAGACUUGGUAUGAAGUGGAUCACUGUUUGUUGCGGCUUCUGGUUCGACUACAGUCUUGCUGGCGGUGAGAGUCGUUUUGGGUUUGACUUUGACAAGAAGAUACUCACUAUUUAUGAUGAUGGGAAUGUGAAGAACUCUACUUCUACACUGGCGCAGGUUGGAAGGGCUGUUUCCAAGGUUCUGAGCUUGAAGGAAUUUCCUGAGGAUGAGAGUGAUAAGAGCCUCACGGUGUCGAGCUUCUUCAACAGGGCUGUUUACUUGAACAGCUUCGUCGUUAGUCAGCGAGAUCUCUUUGAGAGCGUCAAACGCGUCACUGGUACUUCCGACGCUGAGUGGACUGUCACUCAUGAGUCCAGCAAGACGAGGUAUGAAGAGGGAAUGGCGCAGGUCAAGCGAGGAGAUAUGAGUGGUUUCAGCAAGUUGCUCUAUGCAAGGGCCUUCUUCCCGGAGGAUCCGAGUGAUCUGUCAGCGAAAGCGCAGAACGAGUUGCUUGCUUUGCCAAGGGAGGAUUUGGACGAGGCUACAAAGGACGGCAUCGCUUUGGUUGAGGUUCUGAAGGGCCGUAAUCUCAACGCAAAGUUCACUAUGCCCUCCAACCUGAAGAGUAAUGGCGUCGCCAUCAUAGGGGCCGGCCUAGGAGGCACCGCGCUCGCCCUAGCUCUGCAUCGCCAAUCUAUUCCAUGCCGGAUUUUCGAGGCCAGGGGCGAAAACUCCGACAUCCUUUCAAGCGGCGUGACCCUCACACCUAACGGGUGCCGAGUCCUCGAUGAGCUAGAAAUUUUGAGUCGCGUGGAAGACAAGAGCUAUAUCUGCGAGUAUACCGCUACUAAAGACGCAGAUGAUAAGACUGUGAGGAAGAUGCGGAUUGCGUCAGACGCUUACCCUUGCUACCGUCUCUAUCGACUCGCCCUCCUCAAAGAAAUGAAGGCGGCCUUGGCUGAGAAGGGAGUGCCCAUCUUCUACGGUCUAAAGUUCGAGAGAAUCAUCAGCGAUACGAGUGAAGGGGUUGUCUUUCAGGUUGGUGACAGGACGGAAAGCGCUGCAUUGGUAAUUGGGUCUGACGGUAUUCAUUCAACUUUGAGACGGCACAUCACGGAUCUUGUUCCUGUUUACACCAAUCUGUUGUGUGUGUAUGGACAUAUUCCAACGGAGUCAGUCAAAUGGCCCGAUCAGGACUUUGCAGCUGGUUGUACCGUCUUGGGGAAGCCUGGUGGUCUCUUCAUGGUUCCUGAAGUGGCAGAUGGGUCGGAUCUCAUGGUUGGAACACAGUUCACGUACCCCGAAACCGAUCGAAAGGGUUGGGAAGCUCUCGCCUCUGACCCAGCAUCUCUAGCUGCUUUAUUGCGGAAGGACUAUGAACAAUGGCAUGACACCGCGCAGCACGCAAUUGACGAGUUAUGCAAACGCCCGGAGAGUAUACUUUGCUGGCCAUUCUACGCUAUGCCGAAGCUACCUAGCUGGUCAUCAUCUUCUGGGAAUGUCAUCAUGAUUGGGGACGCUGCGCAUGCCAUGCCGGCCUCAUCUGGUCAAGGAGUGAACCAGGCUUUGGAGGAUGCCUUCUCGUUGGCCAAGGUACUUUCUGGCGAAUGGAUUGAUGGGACUUUGCCUUCGGUGCUGAGUACGUGGCAGUCAUGGCGGCAGGAUAAGGUUGAUAGGAUUCAUGAGAUGAUGCGGGUCACGAACAUGAUGAGGUCGUCUGAGGUUGAAAGAGCGAAGUUGAUGCAGGCGGCUGACAAGGAGCAAUCUACCAAGGUUGAUAUGCAGUGGCUGUAUGACUUGGAUCUUGACACGCUGGAAGCCAAGCUGGUUGACCACAGAAAGCUGUAG